AUGUCUCCCUCACUGCCAGACUUCUUUGAUACUUUGUCGGACCCUGACUCUGAUCUAUCUGAGCCUCCUGAAGACCUGGGUGCCAUGGACUUCUCUCUUGAAUCAGGAUUCGGCCAAAUCUCACUUACUACCCCGCCUGCUGUCGGUCGUAUCUCAGGGACGUCGCUCAAGAGAAAGUCAACCACCCUCUCCGACCUUGAAGAUGACAUGACCAGUGAUGAUUCUACAGACAAUGAAGACUACAGUCCAACCCCGCCAAAGAGAACAUCAAAGCGGAUAUCAAAGCGACCAAAGCAGGCUGAGUUUGCGCUCAGCACGUUCGAGAAGAUCCCCGUCGAGACGUUGAACCAUAUCGUUGCACACCUCGCGACCGACCGUGACCUAGCCAACCUGAUUGAGACUUCAAGCAACUUCGCCAACGCUAUUGCACCGGCGUCAUCGGCGAUUUGGAAAGAGAGGUUUCUCUCACAGUACGAUCACGCGUUUGUGAAAGAUGUGAGCGAAUAUGCCUAUGCAUAUCAAGUGAGGCGGUAUGUGCUUGAGCAUUUCGUCCGAUUCACAUUCCCGAACGACGAACGACUGCUGGCGGAACUGGAGGUCAUAAAGGACAUGGUGCUCGAAGCCUAUCAUCAACCUCUACCACAUCUACCUCCGCCAUCAACAUCGCGCAAUCUCGCAGUGUUCGCUUCUCUGAGCACCUCGUCAUGGAUGCGGAUCUUUCUGUCCUGCUGGUUCUACCCCAAACCCGGUCGCAGAUAUGGACAAGCACACCCACUUUUCGACGCGCUGCAGCUCGUUCUCUCGCACCUCCUUUUAUCGCCUGAGUCGCAGAUGGCGCGUGCGGUCGACUCGUCGCGCGAGAACUACAAUCUGGCCAUCGUGUACAACUGGGAGAAGGCGUUCAGCACAUUAUUCCGUCGCAAUCCCGAGCCAGAGAACAGACCCGAGGAGACGGCGCAGGCCAGCCAACCGACACUGUUCUUCAACUUGCGCACGCGCAGAACAUUUAUCGCUCCCAAACCGAAACCUCUCAAGGCCCGCUACGAACUAAACACCCACGCUCUGCUGCAUAUCCGCAACUUCUGGCAUCGACACCUGAUCGAGGCCAGCACGAGGUAUGUGACCUUUGGGCUCCGAACAAGGACCAUGGUGGGAGAAAACACAUAUGCCAAAAUGGCCAAAGACCUCCUGAGCGUAGGCAGCACAGCUAAGAAAUGGGACAAGCCGCUGAAAGAAGGACUGCCGCCGCUCGCGACGCAGUGGUAUGGCCAUUACAGCUGCGUCUUUCCGUGGCCGAGGGACCGCCAGGGCCUGGAGGAAAUGCAGAGCUGCGCCGAAGACUGGGAGACCGUCGACCCCAUGAAACUCGAUUUCUCCGUGACCACGGACAACGAGCUGUUCGGGUUCUGGUCGCCCAUCUUCAGUGCGAUCCCGGCGUUCGAAAAGACCAUUCCAAGCGCAGCAGACGGAGCUUCCUGUCUGUAUAUCCGCGGUCUGGCGCCUUUCGUCGAGCUUCCUUCUUCCGAGUCCCUCGAGCCUAAAAUCUAUGGGUCGACCCCAUCGGCCGUAUCGCGAGCGAUGCUGACGGUUCCCAAACUGCCUAAAUACCAUCCCUACCUUGCACUGCGGCUGCGCGGGAUCGUCCACUCCAUUCCAGGUCCGCUGGUCACGCCACCCAACAUGGAUCAACUCAGUCCUGACGCUCGCCCGCUCGGCGGUAUUCCCGGCUGGAGUCGCAUCGCCAUGGUCAUGUACAAGCCCUCGAAACGGUAUCUGAUUCAAGUCCUGGAACACGCCGAGGAGGAAUUUGGAGGUCAAUUCGGUCCUGUGGUGACUAGCCAACUACUUCAGACUGGACAGGGACAGGGACAGAAUACUCAACAGCAGCAGCAACAACAACAACAACAACAACAACAGGCAUGGAAUUUUGGGAACAACAAUAUCAACAUUAACAACCAACCCCCUGCCGAUCUCGAUGCCGCUGACCUCGAAGCCCACCUCGAAAUGUACCUGCACCAGAAACUCAUGUCCAACCCGGACUGGCGCGACCCAGCGCGCAUGGACAGAGCCGUGAUCGAAGACAUUGAAGAGCGAUUCCGCCUCAGCGAAUACCUCGACUGGAACGAUAUGGACUAUGCCUACGCGUACGAGGGAGUGGUUCUGCCCGGCGGCAAGAUCAUGAUGGGCCGCUGGUGGAGAUGCGGGAUGCUGGGUUCCGGAGACGGGAUGGAGUUGUAUGCGGAUGGCAGGCCGGUUGAUCAGAUCUUGGAUGAGGCAGCUGGAGGAGUCGGGGCCGUCGACGGAGAUCAGUCUGACAGCAGUGAUCUCAACACUACGGACGAAUAUUCUUCGGAUACGGAUUCGCCGGACGCAGGCGGCGGCAGUGCAGCGCAUCCAGCACAUCAAGAUACUUGGGGCGUCCGCGGCCAGAAGUUGGAAAGAGGGCCGUUCAUCUUCUGGUGCUGA